UUGUUGCUUUUUAUACUGCCGGCCGCCAGCAGAGUUUAAUUUAAUUAAGUUCCACCGAUUAAAAGACUGCAUUCAACAUGUCGGAGAAAUGGGAGGUGGUCUCCAAGUCGCGCAAGCAAAAAAAUCUGGACAAGAAAGUGUUGGCGCACACUGAGCAGAAGCGGAUUGCAGCCCAGUUGCCGAAACUGGAAGAGCUGUUGCCAACUCAGCGAUAUCGCAACUUGUUCGGCUCCGGCGGCGAUAACAACAACAAGUCCCAUUCCCCCGCUAAAUCAAGUUCAAGUGCCUCGUCCUCCUCGAAAACUAAUAAAUCGCCAGCAAAGAAAAAUCCCGUCAAGAAUGCUUCGGCUCCUGCUCAAAAAAAGUCCACGUCGUCAUUGGCGGCCAAGCCAAAAACUUUGGAGCUUGCUUUAAAGAAUAUUACAAGGGAUGAUUUCUCUUCUCAACUAGAGCAGGUCAAGCUGAGUUGUCCAGGAUCCGAGUUGCGCUGGCUAAGUCAUAUUGCUCUAUACUUCAAUGGCGCUUUGUCCUACGACUGCGAUCCCAUAUUUUCCGGUCGCUCGGCCCAGUAUCCUAGCAAUUUGGCCAGUGCCUCGCUUAAGUACUCGAUUGUGGAGUUUUUGGGCAGCGUGGGCGAACAGAAUCUGGAGUACUUCUUCUACUCCCUGCUGGACAGCAUGGCCACCGAUCUGAAUAACAACCAGACGGUUGUCGGUUACAAACUGAUCUUGCAGUUGAUUGGGCAGAACUGGCCCAGCAUUUGUUCUCGAAACCUGGCCAAGACUGCACUGCUACGAAAUUCUUACCAGAACCGUAGUAACAUCUGCCUGAGCAUCUUGUGGGCCAUUGGUCAGGGUGGCUAUCAAUCCCUAAACGAGGGCGUCCGGGUGUGGCAGAACCUUAUGUUCCCCAAUCUGGAACUGAAGCAGUACACCAAGUUUGUGGUGGAGUACAUGGAGCGGGCUUUAAGUGCAGCGUCUGCAAGAAAGCCAGUGGAUACGCUUCAGCUCAACCAGCAAGAGUUCUUUGCCACCUUUAAUGCGCUCAAUGCUUCCUACAACAACCUGUCCAAAGAGUUCCAGCAAAGUCUGAAGCGAAGUGCGAGCCUGUUGCUUCAAAACUAUAUUAAUAGUCCUGUGAAGCACGCCAAUAUAUUCCUGACGCUCCUCCGCGAAAUAAGCGCUAGUUCAAAGCAUAAUAACGAGAUCGAAGGCUGUAUAAGUUGCCUACUCAGUAGCGGCAGAAAUGAUUGUCUGCGUGUGUGGCGCAUGAACUAUAAAAAGCAGCAGUUGCCUAGUCUAUUGCUAAUGAAAGCUAUAGACGAAAACUGGACCACAUCGACCCAUGAAUUGGCUACGUCGCCCCUAUAUCACUCUUUCCUACAAGACGUGGAAAAUCUUAAUGAAGAACUUCAGUCGAGCAAGCGAAAAGAAGGCAGCCUAGAAAGUUUGAAAGAAGUUUUGCUGAGCGUUCAGGAGAAGAGCAGCGCUCAGCAGAAGAAGAACAAACAAAAUGCUGCGGCACAGAAAAAGAAAUGCGGAUGCUGCAAGUGGACGUUGGGCAGCCUCUUCAUUAUCGCCCUGAUCGCCGGAGCUCUGUACUACGACACCGAGGUCAACGGCAAGGGAGUCUUCGAGAAGUCGGCCACCGGCAAGGUGCUGAAGAACGCUGGAGUGCUGCCACAUGUCCAGAAGACGUGGUACACGGUCAUGGGCGCCGGAGCACGGGGCUACAAGUGGGCGGAGGUGAAUGUGCCGCCGUACGCGGAGCCGGCGAUCAAGACCACCUGCGACCUCUGGAAGCUGGCGAGGAACGCGGCCUGCAACGUGUACCAGAACGGCAAGGGAUACUUCACCGCCAAGUGGCCCGUUGUGGCCAAAUUCAUUGACCAAUACGUGCCCAAUUUGUCUGGCAAGAUCGAAGCCUUUGCUGCGGGCGUGAGCGAUAUUGCCGUCAGCAGCUACGACAAGUCUGCCGCGUUGAUCAAGGAAAAGGUGCUUGUUGGCCGUCUCUCGCCCGAGAACAUCAAUCAGGCGCUGAACCAGACGCGCAACGCCGCCCUGGAGUACUUCAACCAGUUUCACAAAAAGGUCGACGCAUACGCCAAGCUCAAAUGAUUCUAAGCGUCAGGCACGCUUAACUCUCGAACAGCAACAUCAUCAGCAGCUGCAGCAUAAGCAAACACGAAAACGCGUCAUAGUAAAUAGUGAAGGAAACGAAACCCUAAUUUUUCGCAAUUAGUUCAAAAACCGGAAAAUGUUCUAUCAGUCGUAACUCAAGAAGCCAUUCACACUCAUCAACAAACCUCUCGUCAAGUCUAAUUAAGAAAAAGCAAUACGAGCAAAACUUUGUGGAUGCCGAUAGUGUACACUAACAACCUAGUAAAUUCAACCUCUAUACUGAUAAAUUAGUUAAAGACCCGAUAAAAUUUCUGUUGUACAACACUCGUUUAAACAUUUUUCUCCGGGAAGAGAAAACAUUAUUUUUAAAUUUGUUUACAACGGCUUGAAAGUUUUGUAAAAAGUUCUACCAUUAUCAAAAUUUUGUAUUUGUAAUUAUUUAAGUGCGUUUUUUGUGGCGAUACGCGAAGCGUUAACUAAUGAGGUUAACUAAACUUAACAAUUCCAUCUGCAUUUUGAAAGCAAACAAUAGAUUCAGAUACUUUUAUAUUUUUACUUAUAGUUUUCUUAUAUUUGUGUGUGCAUUUCUUAGACUCCCCCAUAUUUGCAUAAAAGCGCGAUCCUUUGGAUUUGAUUUUAAAUCUCAUUUGUAUAUUUAAUGGAAUACACGAUUUUGCAUAAAUAAAAUAAAGUUGAAAGAAGUGAAGUACAGAA